AUGUUGAUGGAUCACACUGCUUCUGGUCAUGUGAUCCCUCAACUUGAUAUGGCCAGCUCCGCCAGGAAAACUGAAUUAGCUGGCCCAGAAUAUUCUGGAUCAACUGGUGUGGUCUACCCACUCACCACUCAAGGAAUCAAUCAGAAAUUGGAAUAUGCAGCCCAAAUGAAAGCACAGGCAGAACAGGAGUAUGGAACUCUAUCUGGUACUACCCAUAAUGAUAGAAACCUGCAGGCUUGGACUUGGACUUACGCACCACCAGGCUCAGAGGAUCCAUUGACUGUACCAUCAUCGAGCCAAUCGACUGUACCAUCAUCAAGCCAAAGUGAUGAUUCAUCUGACAACCAUGUGUUCAAAUAUAUAAUAGGAGGAGGUUUGGUGGUGAUUGCUGGUUGUGCUGCUGCUGCAUUAUGCUGCCUUAGAGACCAAUUUAAAUGUCCAAAGCGUGAAGUGAAAGCAGAUAUCGAGAACCAUAAGUGA